AUGGUACGCGUGCAGAAAGUCCAUCACCAGCCUCCCCGUGGCUGUCUAUCACCUCUGGAUGCCCAACGGCUGCGGAUCAAGUCACCAAGAUUCAGAAACAACGCGACACGCCGUUCCGAGCACAGCAAGGCGCGUAAUUCCACACGCAACGGGGAAGGCUAUGGCAACAGCCCAUUCAAUCAUCAGCCCAAACAUGAUCUCUCUUACUUUGGGCUCAAUGACAAGACUCUGCAAGACGAGGAAUCGAGUGAGAGCGAAGACGAGUUGUUUCAAUGGGAGGAAGAGGAAACGCUUGUUAAUGCCUUGAUCAACGAUGGCGCGCCAGUGCAUCUCGAGAACCAGAGUUUGAUGACACUAGUCGACUCUUUGCAAACCUCAUUUGCAGCGCAGGGAACAAAGGUCUUGCAUGGUCUGGCCCAGAACUUGGUACCCGCUGCGAAACGCGUAAAGGAAGUCCAUCGUGCACUCGAGCAAGGAAUCGACCUCAUGUAUGCGCAAGGACUUCUUACCUUCGACAAUGCUUGUCAAUCUGCAGAGGCCGCCGCGACACAACAGGAGGGCCAGCUACUACGGUCCUACUCGGAAGCCCAGACUAAUUUACAGAGCCUUUUCGACGAGCUCGAAGGACUAUAUGCGCAAAGAAAAGAACUAUGGAAGACUCUUGAAGACAACAUGGAGCGAAUUGAUACCCCCAUUCGUAACGAUCUGAAGGACCUCCCCGCUCGUCUGGAACGUACCAUGACUGAACUCGAGAAGCGAAGCAAAUCCUUGACGAAAGACGAUACGAAGGCCUCGAAGGACGAAGCUGCAUACCUCAAGAGUCUCAUCAGCAAAUUCGCUUGA